CCCAAUAGGCCCAAACAUAGCACCAACGUCGCCUCGAAGUCUCUUUUGGGAUCAAAAGCUAAACCCUUAGGCCUUACCGAAGAAAAACGGAAAACGCUUUCCAUUUUCCAGUUUCCAAUUCCUAAAGUUACAGAAAGAAAUUUAAACGCGAACAGCGUCAAGAUUUGGCCUUUUUUUCCGGAGAGAAAUAUCCAAACAGGCCUGAAAAUGGAGGUUGCUGGUGAUGACAAAGAGAGAGAAGAGGAACAGGAUGGCAUGUCCGUACAUUCUCCUUGUAAAGCUCCUCCUUCUUCUGCUUCUUCUCUACCUAAGGAGCAAUCACAGGUUGAAUUGGAGCUCAGGCUAUUAGAAGCUCUUGAAAUUUAUCCUCUGGUUAAACUACGAGGCAUGCAUCGCCACUUUGUUCUUUAUGGUCUUAUGGAAUUUCUGCGUAGAAGCUUUGAUCGGCAGUUUUCGCCUGAUGAGGUUUUGCAGUUGCUGGACCGUUUCUACAACAUAGAAAUGCUGAAACCAGAUGAUGAAGAAUCAGAAAUCCUGGGUCAUGAAGAAGAUUUUACGUUGCCUCAAAGUUAUUUUGUUAAGGAAGAGUAAUAGCUUGCAGUUUUGGCAUGUGUUCAUUUCUAGAUUUACUUGGUCCUGGUUAUGUUCCCAAAUGUUAACAAAACAAAGGGGCAAGCUUUGAGAGGAGGUACAUAUUGCUUAGAAUCUCCGAAUUUUUAAUAUUCUGGUCAUGAUCCUUCUCAAUUGUGGCUGUUACGUGACUUUCCACUUUCUUAUUUGGGAAGAAAAAUUUGUAAAUACAAAUAGAGAGGAGCUAUAGUGCUUACAGUUAACUAGGUUGUCUGAACAUCGUAAGUCAUAAAUUGCUACUACUUUGUGGGGUUUGCAUCAUUGACUGAUGUGCAAGGACAUUAAAUCCUCGGAUGGAGAGGAAAAUGAGGUCCCUUUAGCGUUACUUUUAUAAUAAACUAAUUCCAGAAUA